GCAAAAUGUCAAUGCGGUGUGUGCCUUACUUGUAAUUAUUACUGGCUUGUUAACGUUAAGUUUUUCCUUAAUAAACCCAUUUUGUUGAAUAUACACAACAGGUAGCUGAAGUCAUAAUAUAGCUACUAAAUAUAUGCUUAUAUGUAUGCCUGCUGCUGCUUGUAAUGACAUCAUACCAGCACAACCUUUCUUAUUUUUUUAUAAGUACUAAUUGGGUAGACAGCAACCCUAUUAGGAUGCGCAUCUCCAACAAGUCGCCUCCUCUGGAAAUCGAUUUCUUGAUCUGCGGAGACUGGCGCGAGCGGGCGCGUGAUUAUACACAGGGCGGGAGGAGCGCGAGACACACAUCCCGCAGGUGGAAGGGUCUUUUCCUCACAGAAGUCGAACAAGUGAGAAACUGUUGCUUCUUGGCGAUAUGAUAUCUUAACAAAGAAACGUGUUUUACUUUCAAAUGGACGCUUUCUUUCUGAUUUUGUCUUUUAAGUGAAAAAUAAUCGAAAGUUACAGGUUCUAAGAGUAAAUUUAUAAGUCUCACCUUAAAGAGUUUCCUCAAGAAUUAUAUGGUAGAUGUAAGCGUCUGUAAAGUGAACUGCCUUGAAGAAGCGGGAAAGGCUGCAAAUAAGCUGCAAACAGAGAAGACGGACAAAGACGAGACUUAAAGCUGACAGACAGCACAUAGAGCAGAGUGACCGUUAAAAUAAAAAGCCGGAAGGCGCGAGAACUGGAUGACAUAACGUUAGAGCGGUUCGAGCGCGAGAGACAAGCUGGAAAUCUGGUGUCAUUUCCAUAUUCUCUGGGAAUGUAUAAGUGAGAGAAGUUUAAUGAAGACCAGCAGGAAUUGUUACGAACCAGAUUUAAAAUUAUAUCUCACCAUCUAUUUACCACUGGGCAAACAGGACAUUUAAUAGCGGAGAGCUUAAUCUUGGACACUUGGUGGUUUAAGAGAUUUCAUAGUGUCACGAAAAUACAAAAUAAUAUAUUGUGUGGAACAAUAACGGAUUUUCUUGAUCAAUUUAAUCCAGGAAAACUGAGCCCAACCAAGCAGAGUUUGUCUGAGUGCUGCAGUGAAUAUGGACUCUUCUGGGAAUUCUCCAGAAUCACAACAGUUCUUGAACUUCCCAUGGAAAAAUAACACAGAGCCGCACAGCUGUCAGUCCACAAAUCUAUAAGGAGAAAUUACUGCCACACAACUCCCGAGACAGAAAUACACCAUCCCAUCAUCUGAUAGAAUCUCCAUCCAAGGACCAAAAUUUGGGGACACCAAAUCCCCUAUGUUGCUCAUAUCAGACAAGCUAUAUUUAUUUAUAUGACCAUUUAAACCUGCUGGAUCACCAAGAAUUGCAGUUUAUAUGGAGUGAUAACUCAGUCCAGUGUGUGCCAUGCAGAAUUGAGGGUUAUUCUGCUGGCACAUUUUGAUGAAGUCAAUACAAAUAAAAAGAGAAAAUAGAAGACAUUAAGACUUUAAUAAGAAUAAACACAAUCAUUCUUUAAUCCCCAAUAAACUGUAAUAAUUAUUGCAAUUUGGAUAUUUAAUUCUUUUGGAUGAAAGAGGAUAUUUCACAUCAAAAAAACAUCUCUGUGGCUUAUAUUACAGACACAAACCACAUUUUGUCGUAUUCUCCAAGCAAGCUUUCUAUCUCAUCUUAGUCCUUUAUCUAUCCCAAAAUUCAUUCUGGCCGGGCCUGUUUCUUCAAAAGGAGAGGAGGACUUCCUCUCUAUAGCUACCUCACGGCUCAGCCGCAGGAAGCGCGUUAUUGGGGCCGCAGUGGGUGUGGCCAUGGUGUUAGUGCUACUGGUUGCAAUUCCUCUUUUGGUCCACAGCACCAAGUUGGGUGGGUCAGGGGGUGGAGGCACGCAUUAUGAAAUGCUUGGAAGUUGUAAGAUGGUCUGUGACUCCCUGACACCCACCAAUGAAUUAACACCUGUUUCCCCUCCCCCUCAUGACAUACCUGGACGCAGAGGGGGAGGCAAGUCAGGCUUUCGUGGCAACCAAGGGCCACCAGGCCCACGUGGUCCACCUGGAGAACCAGGAAAACCAGGUCCUCCUGGACCUCCAGGUCCAGGCCCGGGAGGAUACAUCCCAUCAUUCUACAGCCCCAAAAUAGCCUUCUAUGCUGGUCUGCGCAAGCAACACGAAGGAAGUGAGAUACUAAAGUUUGACGAUGUGGUCACAAAUGUAGGGAACUACUAUGAGCCGACCACAGGAAAGUUUACCUGCCCUCUUCCUGGGAUCUACUUCUUCACCUAUCAUGUGCUUAUGAAAGGAGGGGAUGGAACUAGUAUGUGGGCAGACUUGAAGAAAAACGGACAGGUGAGGGCUAGUGCGAUCGCCCAGGACGCAGAUCAGAAUUAUGACUACGCCUCUAAUAGUGUGAUCCUGCAUUUAGAUGUGGGAGAUGAAGUGUGCGUGCAGCUGGAUGGCGGAAAAGUGCACGGAGGAAACACCAACAAAUACAGCACAUUCAGCGGCUUUCUUAUCUACCCCGACUAAUACAUAUACAGUACAUAUAUGCUAAAAAGUCAUUUGCAGAUAAUACAGAUGUUGUUCACCUGCUAUGAAGCUAUACAGUAGUGAUCAAGGUUAUAUCCAAAACCAUUAACAUUCACUAUACUGUAUAGAAAACAGUCAAGGUUAUAUAUUAACAACACAAUAACAAAGGGGGAAACUGUAGCCUUGAAAGUGUUUUUUAAGGUUACAGUUUCCCCCUUUGUUAUUUUAUUAUUAAUAUAUAACCUUAACUUAUACUACAGUAUUAAAGUCAACAUGGAAUGUGAUUGUAUGUCAAUAUUUAUAGUAGAAAUAUUGUGAAAAUUAAUAUGAUUGGGUGGGAAAUAUGGGUUUGUUUGUUUUUUUGUAACAAAUUAUAUUGCAAAGAAAAACUUUUUUGAAGUAAGGUCAACUAAUGAAUCAUCCUCUUAAGACCAGAAAUCUGCAUUAUGGAAAUAAAGUACAUUUUCUUUCAUGGUGAUGUCAAUGACAUUGUAGGCCAUAACCAUUGACUCAUUGAUCAAUUGAUCUUCUCCAUGUAAUCAAAGAUUAUUUGCUACUUUAUGACAUGUUGCAAAAAGGCCCAUCACUGCUGCACAGAAAGUUUAUGAUGCUGAUAUUGUAACUGAAAUUCCCUAAAACACAAUGUCAGGCAUCCUUAAAUGCAUACUGUUAUAUUUACAAAGUCUAUGUGAAUACCUCAUCCAGAAUUGAUGUUAUCUCCUAUUAAGCUAAAAAAAUAGGCUAUACUGAUAAGAUAUAUUAUAUAUCUUGUCAUGCUUAACUAAAUGAACAUUCUCCCUCUGAAGUAUGUAUGUGUGUAGGUUUGUGUGUAAUUUAUAUAAUAGGGACUUGAUGAACAAAUGUUGUAUGCAAUUUCAUGGCAUGGAAACUGUGUUUUUAACUUCUGUGUCUAACACUAUGUUUAUACUGAAAGAACUUUGAAAUAAUUUGUUGUAGAAUGACUUUAAAAUGUUUAAAAGUGACUUGAUUGUAAUCUGAAAACAUCAAGUUUCUGUGCGUAUGUGUGUGUGUGCAUGUAAUUGCAAUGUAAUUUAUGUGUUAUAUCACAAUAUAAGCGAUUUGCUUCUAAAUAUUUAACCUGCAGUUACUUGAUUGCUGUUAUAAAUCUUUGCAGUGUAAUUAAUCAUUAUUAUAGAUUUUAUUCUGGCAUGUUAAAGAGUACAUGCUGUAAUUAAAAAAUAAAUAAACACUUCAAUGUCUAUCUGAGAAAACCUACAUAUAAAAUUGGCAACUAAUUGCCUUUCAUUUUUAAUUAAAGCAGGACAGUUGAUUAUCUUGAGCUUUAUUUCUCUUCA